AUGCCCGGAGCCCCCGGCCGCACCGGCCCCCGCGGCCGGGACGGAGCCGACAUGAGCCGGUGGCUCUUGCUGGGGAAGAUCGUGUCCUGCGCGGGCGAGGACUGCGAUCUGGCCCACACCAUUCCGGGUGCUGCGGCCGAUUGGAAUCAGGUUUAUGCGAGCAGCGAACAAGCUGCGAAAGAAUGUCCGCUGGGUGUUUUGUACUUGAAGAUUGCAUACUUUUAUGGUCGGAACGGAGAUGCAUGUGAAUUGGAUGUCAUUGAUACCGAUGCCGCAGAGGAGAUUCAGAGACUCCUCAGCCUUUACCCCGCCUACGUGAUGGCGCUCUCCCGGUGGCCCAUCUUUCCAGUCUUGGCCUUCUACCGGCCUUUGCAUCAGAGCUUGGAGAACUUCACAGGAUCCAUGGCCUGCGACAACGUCAAGGGAGUCAUCGACUGGGACCAUUGUCGAGUCCAGGCUGCCCGGUGGAUUGAGCUGCAGUUUGGGGUGAACAAGACGGAGGAGGAAAAAGCAGAGCUCAUUGAAGUCCAACAAGACAUUGCAGAUCAAUUCUACGUCGUUCUGCGAAAGGCGCAUCGGCAACAGCAAGCCUACGAGGAAUGUCCGUUUGGCUUCUUCUACUUGGCCGCAACGCAACUGGUGGCGGCAGCUGGCAAGGGCACCAACCACAUGCCUCCUUUCAGUCGUAUCAUCGAUGAGGUCGUCUCCGAUUUGCCUUUUAUUCAGGUCAGCAGUUCUCCAUGGCCCGUGUGGCACGUGCUGGCCAUUUUUGCCGACAUGAACAAAGGCACCUGGUUUUGGGGCGGUGAUCGGAAAUACUUCCGGGGCUAUAGCGAUUGGAACCUACGACGGGAUGAGUUGAGCCCGUUGAUCUCGCCGCGUUUGGAGUUCCUCAGCUACGACUGGCAGAUCGAGGCCAUGCUGAAGGUGGAAGCUCUCAAGGCGAUGAGCCACAAGGACUACAUGCAGGCACUUCGGAGCUGGACCCGAAGCCGGGAAGAUUCCUGGGGGCCGUUGAGGCCCAUUGUGAUGGGGAUGAUCGAUGCCGCCUCCACCAUCGCCGCGCGGGCUCAGCAACAUCGGCUGGAGCGGCGCCUGGCUUACGUCGUUCUGCUCUACGGAGAUAGCUGGGCUGAUUUGCUGGGCCGUAUGACCAAGCGGAUGGCGCAGCUGAGUUUCCAAGAUCCUUUGUUGGUGAUUGCCAUCGAUGAAGCAGCGGAGGUUUGCCGAGCACUAGGGCGACAGAGCGAGGAUGUGAUUUGCUGGGUGCCAGAGACCGCCUCGCAAGUGCAUCGUUUCACUGGCAUUCAAGGCUUGAUUCAUUUGGGUAUUGAUGUGAUCUACCUGGACAUGGACACCUUCCUGCUGCGCGACCCCACGGCGCGCUUCCAGGCGGCUGCCGUUGGCUGGGAUGCGCUCUUCGCACGCCACGGGGAUGGUGACUGCGUCAACAUCGGGGUCUUCUACCUGAAGGCCAAUGGCCGGACGGCUGUUUGGAUGUCGCAAUUUCUGGCCUGGUAUCAUGACCACCCCUUCGAGAUCGAUCAGCGUGGCCUGCACAUCUUCUUGGGAUUGCCCUCCAUGCAGCUGGAGGUGGCGCACAUUCCGAAGGACCUCGUGCGGAUCCGCGGAUCCGUCUUGGAGGACUGGAACGAGGUGGUCAUUGGCGACAUAGGCUGGGUAGGAAGCUUCCCCAUGAUGCAGAUCUUCCACUGGUGCCAUCGGCCACUGGAGUUAAAAGUCCAUGAGAUGAAUUUGGCGUAUGACGCUGCUGAUGUUUUGGAAGACCAUGAGCUCCCACUCUCCUUGGCACUCUCCGUUGGCUCGGGCGCGGUGCCGGACUCUCCAUGGGCCAGGGUGGUGGCAGUGAAGUUUGUGUUCGAAAGUUACCAGCUGAAGGAAGCGCCUGGGCGUCGAGCUUGCUGGUAA